AUGGACCUAAUGCAAAGUGAGGAGGAACCAGUGAUCUUCAAAGAUGUAGCUGUGUACUUCAGCCAGAAAGAGUGGCAGCUACUGGAGCCUGCUCAGAAGGACCUGUACAAGGACGUGAUGCUGGAGAACUACGGGAACCUGAUCUCUGUAGAAUAUUAUAUUUUCAAGCCAAAGUUGAUCACCAGGUUGGAACAAGGAGUUGACCUUUUCUCCAAAGAGAAUGAUGUUCCUGGAGAGCCCCAGCAAGGUGCAGCAGGAGUCAGCAGAAGUGACACCACUGCAGGGAAGAAGACAGGGAAUAACUCAAAGACAGAAAUCUGGAAGCCAGACAAUUCUAAGACAACAUCACUGGAGAAGCGAAAGAAAACAGAUAAAGGGGGUGUUUCCCAGAGUUUGAGGGCAGAAAAGAACUCCAAGUGUGAUGACAGACCACCUCAGAAUAAAGAGAAAGGUGGUUCAACUUCAACUACAGAAGGAGGCAAAGCAACCACUCCUGGCCAUAAGAAGCAUGAAUCUGUGACCCCGGGAACAUCCUCGAGUCAAACAUCAGCAACCACAACACCACAGAGCACCCCUCAAGAAAAGUUGACUUCGGGGAAAGACUCUCACGAGAAAACACAGAAUGUCAGCAGCUCCUCAAACCCAAAGCGCAAGCCUGCCCGACAAGGUAAGAACCACUUUAAAUGUAAGGAAUGUGGGAAGACCUUCAACCAGACCCUCCACCUUGUGGAGCAUGAGAGAAUUCACACGGGGGAGAAACCACACAAGUGUGACACAUGCGGCAAAUCUUUCAGGCACCUCUCAUACUUUCUUACACACUACCGAAUUCACACGGGAGUGAGACCCUACAAGUGUAAGGAGUGUGGCAAAGCCUUCAACAGCAGCUCCACUCUCAACAACCACUGCAGGAUCCACUCAGGAGAGAAACCUUUCAAAUGUGAGGAGUGUGGGAAAACCUUCAAGCAGAGCACAAAGCUCACUCGUCAUCAGCGGAUUCACACAGGGGAGAAACCCUACAAGUGUGGAGAAUGUAACAAGUGCUUUGGCCGCAGCUCAUCCCUGAGGGAGCACAAGAGGAUCCACACUGGAGAGAAGCCAUACCGCUGUCAGGUAUGUGGGAAAUCCUUCAGGGUCAACUCACAUCUUUCGGAACAUCAGCGGCUCCAUUUAAAGGUGAAGCCUUACAAGUGUGAUAAGUGUGGGAAGCACUUCCGAAAUAGCUCUUACUUGUCAGAACACAAGCAGAUCCAUGUGCCUGGGGCCCGGGUGGACUGCUCAGAAUGUGGAAAAGUCUUCGCUUGCAAAAUAGCCCUUCUGAAGCACCAGAAGAGACAUGAGGCAGACUCCAGGUAUCGGUGCAAGGGAUGUGACAAGACUUUUAGAUGUAAGUCAAGCAUCCAAAGGCAUGAGAGGCUACACGCUGGAGAGAAGCCUUUUGUGUGUACUAAGUGUGACAAAGGUUUCACUGACAAAACUACACUGAAUAAUCACUUGAAAAUCCACUCUGGAGAUAGGCCAGAUCCAUGUGCCCAGUGUGGGAGAACCUUUAAAAAACUGGCUACCCUGCUGCUUCACCAGAAAAAGCAUGUUAAAAAGAAACCUGAAGAUAUAUAAAAGACCUUUAUCUAGAACUCAUAUUUGGGUCUUGGGAACAAAGUCAAAAUGAGAGAGACUAUGUAAGCAAACAGUCCUUUCAUUUCUUAGUUGUUUUCUAAAAGACUGAUUUGAACCUUUCCCCCAUUUGGAGCACUUGUGCAAUAUAGGGACAUUUGUUGUUGUUACUUUUUCAACAGACAGGUGCUACUAUCAACUGCAUCUAUGGAUGGAGGCAAAGGAUGAUGUCAAACAUCCUACAAUGUACUAAACAGACUAUCUUGCCUUCCGAUAACUCAGAAUGAUCUGGCCUCUCUCAAACAAAAGCCCUUUGGGCAUUUGAAUUUGAGAAAGAAUUCAGGUAGAAUUUUGUCUGCCAGCCACUACAGUAACCACUAACUAGGCACAGUUGCUUAAAUGUCAAAGAAUCAACAUGAAAAAAAAAAACAAAACAUUUAAAUGUAAUCUAUUGGCUGUGUCAUCAACAGCACCAACAUUUCAACAAUUAGCGUGUCUAUGGGGCAUCAUCAACAGCUACCGUUUUCCAACACCAUGGAAGACUCCAUUCAGAGAGGAUCUUAAUGACAAACAAUUCUUUUAUGGGAUGACCUUGAGAAAAUAGGACAAAGCUUUGUGACACUGAAUUUGUGUGUUUUGUUUUUGGUUUUGUUUUUUUUUUUUUUUAAUAGCAGAAUGUAGCAUUUUGUAAGUUUUGUGAAUGUGUUGGAGCCUGUGAUAUUUGGAGCACUUUCAUAUCUCCAAUUGGCCAGUGGUCCACCCACAGGACUCCUACCUCCAUCUGUUCAGUGGGUUACUGAUGACGGCACUAAUAACUGUGAGCGUCUGUUGAUCAUUAUCUACCUAACAAGUGUGGUGCUGAACUCUUUAUGUGGAUUAGCAGAGCUAAUUCUCAUCAGAGUCCUAUGAAAUAAGAACUGUUAUGUACCUAGUUUUCUGUUGAUCAAGGCUUUCUUUAAGAGUGUUGUUGUUCUCCUCUCCAUCUCCUACUCUGCUUCUUCUGAUUCUUCUGAUUUUAUUAUUCUUCUUAUUCUUCCCAGAGGAUGCCUACCUCCACUGUGCCAUGGGCAGAAUGAUCAGUAGGUUACUAACAGCAUUACUGAGACAUUUCUGUGUUUGUUGAUGUCUUUCUACCUGUCAAAUAUGGUGCUGAAAUCUUUACAUGAACUACAUCACUUAAUCGAUCCUACCAGUAACAUGAAAUAAGGAGGAUUAUGUACAUAACUUUAUUUUAUUUUAUUUUACUUUUUUAUUUUUAUUUUUAUUUUUUUUUUUGAGGCAGGUCUCACCAUGUAGCCCUGACUAUCCUCAAGCUUGUGACAGUCUUUCUGCCCCAGCUUUUCUGGUGCUGGGAUGGCAGAUGUGAGCCACCAUGCCCAGCUGAGCUGCUUUGUAAGGAAGGUUUAUUUCCAAUAUUGCACUUAAAGCAAGACUGCAUUGCUAUUUUUAUAUUGCACUCUUUCAAAUAGAUAAGAUUUAUUAUAUGUUAGCAUAAAAUGUGUGUGUGUGUGCGCACGCGCGCGCGCGCGUGUGCGUGUGUGUGUGGGUGUGUGUGCUUGCAUUUCUUGUAAACAGCUCCUGAUAGCAGAAAGCAGGAGCUGGGACUGAGGUCAGUAAAUCAUGAAGUGUACAGACAUAGGUGGGUCUAGCUACAGCCAGUUGGAAGGUUUUGGUACAUACCACACGAAAUCAUUUAUGAAUUUUCUGUCCAGUGAUUGUUUGGAGGCAUACAAAGAAGGUAUCAAGUUAUUGGGACAGAGACUCAGCAUCUCAUGAAUCUGAAAGUAUUUUUCUCUGUGACCCUUCAUGGGAAACAUUGGCUGGCAACCUCUGAAUGGCAGAUGAGCUGGCGUGGAUUGAGACUCCUACUGCCAUUGUGCUGAGGGCAGAAUGCUUCAUGGGUUACUAAUGAGAUCACUGAUAACUGUGAGCAUCUGUUGAUUGCAUUCUACUUAUCAAGUGUGGUUCUGAACUCUGUGUGUGGAUUAGCAGAGCUAAUUCUCAUCAGAGUCCUAUGAAAUAAGAACUGUGUGUACCAAAUUUUCCAUUUUGAAAAUCAAGGCUUUUCUUUAAGGGUAUCUAUCUCCUCUCUCUUCUCCUUUCCUUUAUUAUUAUUAAUAUUUUUUUAAUUUACAGGACUCCUACCUCCAUUGUGCCUUGGGCAGAAUGAUCAGUAGGUUACUAACAGCAUUAUUGAGGCAUUUCCGUGUUUGUUGAUGUCUUUCUACCUGUCAAAUAUGGUGCUGAAAUCUUUACAUAAACUAUAAUAGUUAAUCAAUCCUACCAGUAAUAUGAAAUAGUAUGGAAUAAGUAUUAUGUACCUUUUUUUUUUUUUGAGGCAGAGUCUCACUGUGUAGCCCAGACUAGCCUUAAACUUGUGACAGGCUCCCUGCCCCAGCUUUUCUGGUGCUGGGAUGGCAGAUGUGAGCCACCAUGCCUGGCUGAGCUGCUUUGUAAGGAUAGGUUAUUUUCAAUUUUGCACUUAAAGCAAGACUGCAUUGCUAUUUUUAUAUUGCACUUUUUCAAAUAGGUAAGAUUUGUUAUAUAUUUGCAUAAAAUGUGCCUUAAAAUUUUGUAUAUUAUACACAUAUAUGUAAUAUAUAUGCGCUUGUAUUUCUGCUGUCCCCUGACAACAGAAAGCAGGAGCCGAGACAGAGUUCAGUAAAUCAUGGAGUGUACUGACUUAGGUGGAUCCAGCCACAGCCCACUGGAAAAGUGCUUUGGUACACACCACAUAAACCUGUUUAUGGAUCAUCAUCUAUCCAAUGGCUGCUUUGGGGUUUGCAAAGACAGAGUCAAUUUACUAGAACAGAGAGCCAGCAUCUGAUGAAGCUGUAAAGACUCUAUGGCCAGUGGAAAGUUGGCUAGCCCACCUCUGAAUGGCUGAUGAACUGGAAUGAAAUAGGGAGGAAGCGAUUCAGAAAAAGCAAAGGCUGAUGUUAAGGCAGCCUCAUUGGAACUUUUGGGCCACAUCUCUCAGUAUUGAAGAUGUUGCAGUCUACCACAGACCACCCGUGUGUGUUUGUGUGUGUAGCCACAUGUCUGCAUAUUAGAAGACAAGUUUUGGAGCCAUGGAAAUGGUUCAGUGGUUAAAGCCCUCGAAAAUGUGAAGACCCAAGUUCAGGUCCCCAGAAUACAUGUAAAUAUCAAGUGGGUGUAGUGCCCUCCUGUGAUUCCAGGCUCAGAAGGACAAGGGCUCUCCAGAGCAAGCUUUCUAGAAGAACUAGCCACAUGGAAGAAUUCUGGGUUUUUAUUGAGAGACUGCUCUCUGUUUGCACUCUCUCCCACUUAUGUGUGUGUGUGCAUAUGUAGACACCCAUGCACACAUGCACACAGCACUCACACAUAUACACUCAUGUGUAUGAAAGUGGAAAAAGCACAAAUUAAAUUAAAAAGACAAGUGCCAUAAAUAGGACCUGCCAGUAUUAGAUGUAGGUUCUAACCUGCUCUCACUUAAAUGUGCCAGUGACAACACUCAACACUGAUUUUGUUCAGAUUGUAGAAACUUGUCACUCACAGUUUGCAAAGCUCUGGCAGGUAUCGGGGCAGCAGGUGAGAAGACCAGAAUUAUCUACUGUCUUCUUCACCAGACCCUCAGCCAUGCUUGAAGGACUUCUCAGAAGACAUAUAUGGUGGCUAGUCCCACAAUACCAACUGAUGCAGCCUGUGUGUUCCAGACGCAGCCAAUGGAGUUGGGAGCCAGGGUAUAGCAAUGUUCCUAGGCUUCCUAGAUUGUCUUUAUAUCUUAUUUGGAACAUUUUCUUUCCACCCUUUGCUCUGAGAGAGUUAGAGGGCACACAGAUCUCUUAAAGUAAAAGCAGGGAAGCCACAAAUGAAGAAAUCCUAGGACUCUGGUUGGAGCUAUGUGAUGUGGACAUAACUCUCAAAAGGAUCACAGGAGUGGGACCAAUAUGUGAUGUGGGGAGGUGACUCCAUGUGUCCUGUUAUUUUUAUAGUGGUUGUUUAUGACUGUGAAACAUUUGCAUGUGAAUGGGACUGGCUAGGGUAUCUUCCCCUAGCAAGAGGAAAAAGAGACUAUGUUUAUUCGGAUCCCUUUGGUUGCAAACAAGAAGCCAACUCACACUAGCUGAAUUGAAAACCAAAGCAACAAAAGGAAAUUGUGAACAUGUAUACCUGGGAGGGCUCCGUGCAUGAAGGGUUCAUUGUUGACAGCUGUGAACCUCGAUUAGAAUCAAGAACUUGAUACAGCCAAGGCAUCUCUUAUCUCAGGAGCUCUGUGUAUUUACAUCGUCCUUCUUUCAUAAGACUGGAGCAUUCUCCAUGACAAGGAAAGAUGAAUGCCUCAUGUGCCGAUGCUUUUCAAACUUAGAAGAAACAGUGUCUCUCUCCCAGAUAAGUCCCAAAGAAGAUCCCAGCGAGGCUGCUGCAAUUGGGAAGUGGUCAAAGGACUGGUUGGGCCUUUUUAUCUUUGAGGAACUGCAAUGAGAAUGCAGCAAUUUUGUAAUUUUUAAAAAAGAUGAUCUCUACAGGGAGUUACCAGAAAGAUAGGAGCAAUCUCCCAGCAGUAGCAUGAACAGAGACAGCAGUUAGAGAGCAACCUGAUUGAAGUAUUGCCAGCAAUAGCUUUCUCUGUCUUAAACACACUCUAUCUCAAAGCAUGGCUGGUGUUUUGUUUUGUUUUGUUUUGAGACAGGGUUUCUCUCUGUAGCACUGGCUGUCCUGGAACUUAUUAUGUAGACCAGGCUGGCCUUGAACUCACAGAAAUUCACCUGUCUCUGCCUCCCAAGUACUGGGAUUAAAGGUAUCACUGCCUGGCUUUUUUAUUUUUUUGGUUUGGCUUUGUUUUGUUUUUCAUGAUAAAAUUAUUAUAUUCCUAAACUGGCAAGAAGAUUAAGCCAGUAACGGCGCAUAUUACUAAGCCUGGCGACAUGAGUUCAAUCCCAGGGUUUUACACAAUGGAAGGAGAAAACAGACUCUGGCAGGCUGUUCUCUGAUAUCCAUAUGGACACCCUGGCUUGCACACAAACAUAAACAUAUACACACAAUGAACAAAUGUAAUAAAAAAUGUCUUCUUUGAUUUGUAAUACAUCCCUGGUUAUUAUUCAAAGUUUAGUCAAAAGGUAUGUAAGAAGGUUCAUUCUGACAUUUAUCUUAAAGAAUGAAUACACAGCAAAUAUUCAACAAUGAAACAUAUAUUAUACUUUUUGCUUUUUUGAGACAGGGUCUUUCUAUGACAUCCUGGCUGACCUGGAAUGUAGAUCAGGCUGGCCUUGACCUCAUAAAGAUCCUCCUGUCUCUGCCUUCUAAGUGCUGGAAUUAAAGGCAUGUACCACCACACCCAGCUAUAUAUGUAUUUUAGUGCAUGUACAAGAAAAAUAAAAAUAGACUAUUGUCUUA